GAACGCGUUGUUAUACAUUUUAAUCAAGCUAGCUUGCUGCCAAACGAAAAAAAAUACAUAUCGAUUGUUUUGUACAGUCGUUUUAAUUGUAUAUUGUUACUAUCUUUUUAUAUUCUUGUGAUUCGCAAAGGCGAUGGCCACUGUUCAACAAGUGAGGACUUCACAGGAUACUCAGCUGUUGCCCAAUCAGGUUCUCUCGGAGCAGCAGUCCUUGAUUGUUACCAAGAAGCUUCUGGCCAUCGUAGUGUCUGGCAUCACGUACCUCCGGGGCCUUUUCCCAGAGAAAGCCUAUGGCAGCAGACAUGUUGAAGAUCAGAAAGUGUUGAUCCUUAGAGAGGAGCGCAGCUGUCCAGGGGCCAGUCAGGUUGUCCAAUGGAUGCAGGGAAUCUUUGAAGCCAUCGAGAAGAAGUAUCUGCGGACAGUCAUUAUGUCUAUCUUCACUGACCAGGACAACCCCCAGAGAGUGACUGAGAUUUACCAGUUUAGGAUCCAGUACACAGCAGAAGGACCACAGAUGGACUUUGACACCAACAACAACAUGAUGUCAAUGUCCAGCGGAAACACUAAGAAGGCCAGCAUCCUGCUGGUGAGGAAGCUCUACAUGCUAAUGCAGAACCUGGGUCCUCUACCAGACAACGUGUGUCUCAACAUGAAGCUGGCGUACUAUGAAGAUGUCACUCCUCAGGACUACCAGCCUCCAGGGUUCAAAGAGGCAGAUGGCGACACCAUGGAGUUUGAGAGGGAGCCGGUCGAACUUCACAUGGGCGAGGUGGUCACUCCUUUCCACACUCUGAAGCUGGACAUGACCACAGAGAGGCACAGACUGGAGGAGGUGGAGGAGAGUGCUUGUGGGACAGAGAGGUGGGUCAUGAAGAUGGAGGCGGAUGGCGUCCUGUCGCAGAGCCCUGUGAUUGAAAACACGGAGAAGCCAGACAUCACCGACAACAACACAGACAUGGAGAACAUGGAGAUCCAAAUGACUCAUCUUGAGAAGAUUGAGAGCUGUGAAGAAGUCACAGAGAUGGGCACUCUGGUGACGAGGACCUCCGGCGUGGAGGUAGGCGUGAAGAGGACCAGGAGUGGACGGAUCAUCAAAUCUGCUACGGAGACAAACGUGACCGUGAGCAACAAGAGGCAGAGAGCUAUGGCAAAGAAAGAGGUUUCUCAGUAUGAAAUCCCCAGCAGCCAGGAAACGCCAUCCUCGACCACAGCGCCUGCGAAGAGAUGCAAGUUCAGCGAGCCCAAAGAGCGCUUCUGAUUCCACAGACCACUGCAUGAUCUGCUGUGAUGAUUCAUAUUCCCCUUAAACACUUGAGGAAAAGGUUGAACAUCUGUUUUACUCCUUUUAGCACUUAUUUUUCAGUUUUGUUGCACUUGUCUGUUUGCCGCACAGUUUAGAUCAGUGCAAUGUUAUGCAACAUAUGGACCAUUUAUAAAAGGAAAAUGCAUCCAUGUUGUUUUUGUUAUGCUUGUUUUACACGUUAUAUUCAGAGUUAAUUAAACAAAAAGAACCUGUAA